AGCAAGUAAACAACUAAAAAAAUAGUGAGGUUGAUAAUUUUAUAGUAGUUCUCCAUCUGCCUUGCACAUGGUCCCCUUAAUAUAUUUCAAAGUUUCAACCACCAAGAAGCUAAGCUAUUCAUCAUUGUUAUCUUAUCAAUCAAUCGAUCCAUCCCAUUAUAAUGGCAUAAAGCCAGUUCAAUUCAUAAAUAUGGAUUUUCAGGGAUUUGAUCCAUUAAGAUUGUAAAGAUGCCAAAGUACUCAGCAACAGUAGCGAUGUUCCUGUUGAAGCUGCUACGCCACCUGAAGAUCAUCUUCAUGGCCGUAUUAACUCAUCUGGGGAUGUUAAAUUUCCACCCGAGGCCUUCAUCGCCAUUAACUGGCAAUACUAAUGACGAUGAAGGAGUAUAUGAUCCCACCAACUCUGUUCUGGUAAUGGACUGGCCUUGCCCUUUGCCUGUUCCAAUCCCACUCUACAUUUUGAAGGCUUCCAUCAAGAAUAGGCUUCCGGUGAUGGAAUAUGCUGAUUUUCUGAUGAUCAACAGAUCAUCAUCGUCAUCAUCAUCAUCACCAUCAUCAGGAGUAAUAAUCAGCAGCCAAGACAGUGAUCAAGAGUUGAAUACUAGAGUGGUAUGUGCAGUGUGCUUGGAUAGUGUAGAGAGAAAGCAUGAGAUCAGAGAGCUGCCCAACUGCUUUCAUGUGUUCCACAGAGAGUGCUUGGAUAGUUGGGUGGAUGAAGAUGGGGUAACCUGCCCUGUCUGCAGAUCCAUGCUGUUUCCGCCCUUCAGGGGGGUUAAAGGUGUCCUCAUCUAUCAAUACCAUGGGUAUGAUGUUUGAUGGAAUUCCGCUUAGUUGCAUCAUGAAUUAAUUGUGAAGACUACGCAGCAGGUACAUUUUGUAAGUAAUUGACUUUCCCGAAACACAGGCUGGGAUCCAAAUUAUCUGCAACUAUUGUGUAGUUCAUUUUAUAAAUAAAAUUCUUUGGAGGCGUGGCCAUGUAUGGGAUCA